GUGGGGUUGUGCUGAGGUAGGCCUACACCGAGCAUGAUCCGUGCGUCGCCGUGAAGCCGGUACCGGUUCCAACGGCACUGUUUUCAAUAUUACGUUACAAACAUUCCAACGAAUUCCAAUUUCAUUUGACUGUGUGGCAUUGAUACUUGAGAUUUAGAACAACGUUUAUAUUCAUUCUUUUGAUGUAAAUCAACGGUUGAAUGCCUCUCUACUAUUCUAUUGAUAAAGGUAACAAAAGAGAUCCGUCAAAACCUAAAAUUUAAGCACAGAUUUAUUCCGCUUCGAAGUAUAACGUUAGGUUAGUGUAUCUAUGGCAUAGACAUACUGCGGUAGCCUUCUAAAGUAUCGUUAUGAGUUUCUUAUCAUCGGUGGAACAACCCGGCCAGUCACCCCGGGUUCAACUGCAGCUUUUCUGUUGUUUGAUUUUCUUCAACGUUCUGUAUUUUAUCAUCGGACUAGCAUGUGAAAUAACAAGUGCCUACAUCGGUAUCGCAUAUCGUGAUAAAGUAUACAGCAUUGCAGUAGAUACCGACAGCAUUAAUGCCAUCGUAAUAGUGACAGCAGUGUUAGGACUUGCUCUUUUUAUCAUGACAAUCUAUGGUUGCUAUGCAUAUUCAAAGCGAUUCAAAUCUUCUGUGAUCUUGUUUACCAAGAUGCAUCUGCUUCUGUUUAUCAUCGUUAUUGUCGUAAGCAUUGUCAUUUUCUUGCUCAGUAGUCAGAAGUCAUUGUCAAGCCCGACUAGUAUACACCACUUGGACAAAUAUGGACAGCCUGGGUUCGAGCAGUAUACAAGUCAAUGGGAUGAAUUACAAAUAGUGGAGAAUUGUUGUGGGAUUCAGAGCUGUAAAGAUUGGAAAAUAGUUCCCGACUCGUGCUGUGUUAGUAACUGGAAAGGGUGCACCACAAAUGUAUCAGAUCCUACAUUUAAUAGCAAGGGUUGUUUUGAUGUUGCACGAGAGUCACUUUCAUCCAUCUACUAUAUCGUCAGUUCCAUACUACUAUUAGUCGGUAUUUUUCUGGGUUUUGGACUGUUUUUCUCAAUCCCAGUUUGUCGGUUUACGGUGUACUAUCAACACAUUAAUGUACAUGAAACACAUUUAUGAAGUUAGCAUAAAGAAUUGUUUUACUUAUAACUUGUUGCUGGUGGUGAAAGUAUUACAGUAUUUAUUGCUUGUACUCAGUUAUUUAAAAAAAACUCUUUGGUCGUAUCAUCAUCAACAUGGUUUUUUUAUCAGUUCAAUGUAAAAAGCGUUUGUGAAUAUUGUAAAUAUUUAUAUAUAAUAUAAAUGCAUUUCCAAUGAAUAUUUUAAAGAAAAAAUAAGUUUUGAAAAGUUAUGACUUACUAUAAGUAUUUAUAAAAGUCAUUGCUUUUACUUAGUCAUAUUACUACAAUCAUAAUAAAUACCGUACUAUAUAUUGAAUAUUGUAAAUAGGCCUAUUUAUAUAUAAAAUAUAGAGUUGUAUUUUGAAUGCAUAAUUCAUUAAAAUAAAGUUAUAAACCUGGGCAUUAUGGUAUAGAAUCCAACUUAGGUGAUUAUCCAUACUCGCAGAUUCUUCUCCUUUACCGUUAUAAUUAUAAAUGACAAUCCCGUUUGGAGCAACUAUUUUUUUCACACUCAAAGAUUUCUCAUCUUUAAUGUUUAAAGUGCCUCUGCCACCUAUUCUGACAAUUUUUAUAAACUACAGCGUGUU